AUGCGCAGCCAUUCUCUUACGGUGCUGGCCUUGUUCGGCGCCAUAACAUGCACUGCUACCAAGUUGAAGGUGCCUCAUGGGUGGACCGAGGACUGGAAAAAUGAGCCUCUCGUCCAGGUAUCAGAUGCCUGCACCGUGAGCCAUGCGUCACGAUAUGACAUGGCCAAGGGAAAUACCCCUGUGUUUUUCUUGAGCACCCCCGAGUACGAUUUCGAACAGCCAGCCAUUGAACCCAUGAACGCCACCGCUGGUGAACAAUGGGAGUUUGACGGCAUCUCAGACGACGGCCUCGAGGCUUUUGUGUUUGGUUUCUACCGCGAUCCCAACUACUCAUUCCUGGGAACCGGAAACCUCCGUCUCUCAGCUGAAUGGUCCUUUGCUGACGGCUCGCGAUAUGCAGUCGUUGAGUAUGCUGAGGAGUCUACCAUUGAGUCUUGUCCCGGACAGGGCACUCGAGGCACUUGGAAGAGCGAUGAUUGGGUCUACACCUUUGAAAUCACCGCCGACCUGUCUCGCACCCGCAUCACCAUGGACAAUCCCGAGGCCAAGGGCACAAUUGCCUGGACAUCCGUUUCACCGCCGCGAUACGCCGAUAACAGCGUCUACCCAGAGGAGGCCAAGGGUGCCAGCCUGCUCACUGUGCCCCAUUUCUACUGGGUCGAGCCCGUCCCCGUGUCAGACCUCAUCCUCGACGUGGAGAUUGAGGGCCGCAAGCUUUCCUGGACCGGCAUGGGUGGUCAUGAGCGCCUUUGGGGCGCCUUCAACUGGUACACUUGCCUGUCGGGCAUGAUUGCCGUGCGCGUGCGCCCCGGCCCCUUCGCCCUGUCCUUUACCGAGUUUGGCUCCAACCGCAUCGACGACCUCUAUGUGCCCUCGGUCAUGCUGGCGGAGAAGGGCGAGAAGAUCUUCAGCAGCCGUAGGUACGAGCCUUCGGAGACGGAAGACUACGUCACGAUGCGUAAGAUUUACGGCGGAGAGGGUGCAACCACCGUCAACCUGCUGGACAAGGUGACUGGCGUCGAGCUUGAGCUGGUGUCGCCCAGCCGGGAUCAGCGGUGGAAGUUUGUCGUGAUCCACAAGAACCUGGGAUUCGAGUACAACCUGGGUGAGGGUGUGGGCGGCACUGGCUACUCGGGCCUUGUCUCUGGUGGCCUGGUUGGCUCCAAGAAGCACGAGGGCCCUGCCUUCACCGAGUUCAUGAAGUUCCCGCAGAAGUCCAUGGUCUUGGUGAAAAACUUUGUGGUGUAG